CAUCUGUCAGACCAACUGUGGAGAUGUUAGUCUGAAUGUGCUUGCAUUUAUUAGAGAAGGUGGCUAGCCUGAUUUUCACAUUCAGUGUGCGCAUUACUUUCCAUCAUCAUCGUCAUCACUCUCGAUUCGUCAAUUUACAGAGGGCUCUUAUUCAGAAGGCUUUACACAAAUGUGAGAAGAUUUUAGCCGAGUUGAAGCUGGAGCUGUGCGGCACUAGCACUGCUGCCUGUGAUCAGUACUCUGAAGUGGAGUUGCGGUCUGCUGCUGCUGCUCGAAUUGUCACUCAGAAUGAGAGUUUGAGCUAUUUAAAUUUUUUCAAUGCAGGAUGACGUGAACGAAUAUGCGGCACUGGGGAGGAUUUUCAUCCUACAUUAAAGCCAUUUCAGCUAUGAUUGGAAUAAAUUUUCUUGUGUUUUUGGUAAUUCAAGUUCUUUCUCUUUUCUCUAUUUUUUCUGCUAACAACCUAUUUUUUCUUAUGUAACAAUCGAUUUUUUUAUUCUUUUUUACUAAGCUUCUCACACUCUUUCUUUUACUUUUUUAUUAAUUUAUUAAUUUUUACUAGCAAGAAUACAACAAUGUACAACACUGGAAAAUAGUUACAGAAUUUGCUAUGUAUUUUUCUUUGUAUUUUUCAAUCUUAAAAUGGUCUUUCUUAUAUUUAUGUGGUGUGAUUUUAGCUUUUGUCAUAUAUCUCAGAAAUAUCUCAAGUUUGGUGUUUCUUAUAUUUAGAUCCUUAGUUUUAUAAACUUUGUAAAUUUUGGAGAGUUAUGUGGUUGCUGAAGACUUUGGAAAAUGUCAUCA